AUGUAGUGCGAGUGUUUUCGUUUUCUUUACCCGUAUUUGUUGUUAAAUAAAAAAGCUGCCGCUGAAAAUAUUGAUAUAGCCGACAUAGAAGUUUGAUGCGUUGCCCGUUGCCGGCAUUAGCGAUAUGGCAGUUAAGGUGCAGUUUGAAAUUGGUCACACAUCAAAGCUGCGCAGCAAGAAACAUCCGCUGGCCUUCACCCACGACUGGGAGAUAUAUGUACAGGGUGUGAACAAGGCGGACAUAAGUGCAUUUGUUGACAAGGUUGUCUUCAUUCUGCACGAAUCCUUUCACAAGCCAAAGCGUGUUAUCAAAGAUCCACCUUAUGCCAUACAGGAGUCCGGUUAUGCCGGCUUCAUAUUGCCCGUCGAAAUAUUUUUUCGCAAUCGGGACGAGCCAAAGCGCAUCAUGUAUCAAUAUGAUUUGGAUCUGCAGCAGACGGGACCGCCACGCCAUCGCGUCGAAGUCAAAACACAUGUUUUUGAGGCGCCAUCGGAGGAGUUUCGUGCCAGGCUGAUGCGUGGCGGCGGAGUGCCGGUUUUUGGCGCUAACAUCACAGCCACCGGCAGCCUCAACCGCACGGCGUCACCCAGUGUCGGUGAAGGAUCCGGCUCGGAGUUGAAUCUUGUCAAGGCAAAGGGUGGUGGCGGCAGCAUGGUAAUUGAUGGCGUUUCUGUCUCCAGCAAGAAGCACAAAUCUCGCACCGAAGAUGGAGGUAAGGUCACUGCCUUCGCGCUCUUCGGACCGCCGAUUCUGCCGGCUGGAACUGCGCCCAAGAACUCGCCUGAUGGGAAGGCACAAGUCGGCUCCAGUAGCGCCAAGAGAGGUGGCUCUCAUGAUGCUAAAGAGAAGUCGACCAAAGAGCGUGAUAAAUCUAACAGUUCAGAUAAGCCGCGCGACAAGGACAAGAAGGAUCGGCAUGGACGGGACAAAGAGCGCAAGUCUGGCAAAUCCGGUGAGAGCAGCAGCAGCAGUAGGCAUGACAAAGACAAAGACAAGGAAAAGUCCAAAAAGGAUAAGACUCGCGACAAGGAGCGCGAACGUGAACAGAGCAGCAGCAGCGCAGUCACAGCAGGCUCCACGGCACUGGUGCGGCGUACAGCGAGUCCCAAGGCUGGCAGCAGAUCUAGCCUCGCCGAAAUGAGUCCCAAGAAGCAAACCGACAGCGCCGCUGCCACGCCCAAUUCUCGUUCCAAGGAACGUGAGGAACACAAGUCAACAAGCAAGUCCGAAUCAAAGGACAAGGAUCGCAGCUCGAACAAAAAGUCGAAGAAAGAGAAAAAGGACAAGGAGCGUGAACGGGAGCGCGAGCGUGAAAAGCAACGUGAGGAGCGCGACAAGGAUAAGCGCACUUUGAAAGAUGAGCGUGGACAUAGCGACAGUCCGGCCACCGGCAGCAGUCAGUCACAACAAUCGCUGCCAUCUCAAUCUCAAGCCAACUACGAAGUACUCAAGGCAACCGGCAAGGCCACGCCCAAUUCGUUGGGCAGCAGCGCUAGCGCCAGUAGUCUGGCCUCCAGUAGCAGCAAGCAGCGUGCCCACGACAAGGAGGAGCUGACCGCACAGGCGAUCCAAUCAACCGCAAAGAGCGGCGAGAAGGUCGUGGAAGCGAAAAGUGACAAGACAACGAGCAGCAGCAAUGGCAACAGUGCCACAGAUAAGAAAUCGCACAAACACAAGAAAAAGGACAAAAGCAAAGAUAAGGACAAAGAUAAAGAUAAGGACAAGGAGCGCAGCGAUCGUGACAAAGACAAGGAAAAAGAACGCGAUAAGGACAAGUCCAAGGAACGCGAAAGGGAAAAGUCACAACAACAGCAGCAGCAACAACAGAUGCCAAAUGCAACGGAGAAACCCAUAGCAACAUUGGCAAUAGCAACAAUUGGAGCAGCAGUCGCAUUCGGUGAAUCCUCACCCAAAACCGAAUUGACCAGCCAACAGGUUGAGACAAAUACAGAUAAAACUGUAUCCGUGCUCAGCAAGAAGGACAAACACAAAAAAUCCAAGGAGAAAACCGCAAGCAAGGAGGAUAAGCGACAACGCGAUGCGGAUUCAAAGCACAGCAAUAAGCAGCAAGCCACAACAACUUCAGCAAGUGGAACUGCGCAGGCGCCAAGCAAGGCGGCUAACAAUUUAGAUUUAAGCGACAUGGAUUCCGCACAAUCAGCACCAGACUUGGCGGCCACCAAUGCACUAGCAGCGGCCACUGCGGCCACACUGCAGCAUUCAGAUAGCUCCAAUAGCAGCUUUCCCGAUUUGCCGGCGAAGAGCAGCCAACAGAAGAGCGCACAAGCAGCAAAGAACACACAGAACCUUAGUUCAAAGGAUUCCAAAGCUUCUGAUUUAGCUGGCAAGGAACACAAAGUUAAGUCCAAGCCAGGCGACAAGCUAGAGAAAUCAGAGAAGCUGGAUAAGUCACCAGAGGCCAAGACAGAGAAGCUAGACAAGUCAGAGCUCAAAGAGGAAAAGAAACGCAAUCGACGCAACUCGCAGAAUAGCAAUAGCGGCAGCACCACCACCACGGCAACCACCUUCAUUGAGCCCGCACUGAAAACCACCAAGAAGGAACUGGCGGGCAAAACGACGCGAGAGAAAUCCAAAUCGCCCUCGCUGCGACAAACAAGUGUGGCGGCUGUAGCCGCGGCGUCCAACAACAGCAUUGUCUCCUCGCCGAGCAGCCAUAAUAACAACAGCACAUUGAAUAACAAUAAUAGCAAUAGCAAUAAUAGCGGCCAUUCGCCCGUCGAGCCAACGCUGGGUGGUGGUGGUGGCGGCGGUGCCGGCAACAAUACGCCAUUGCCCACAGAAUACCUGACCGAACUGCAGGAGCUGCAUCACAAAAUAAUGACGUUGCAGGACAAUGAGGAGCUGCAGCAGGUUGUCGAAAUGAUUGCAGCCACCGGCUGCUAUGAGAUCACCCACAAAACAUUUGACUUUGAUCUGUGCAAAUUGGAUCGUGUCACCGUGCAGCGACUUCAGGAGUUCCUUGCGACGUCGGUGUCGUGACCCAAAAUGCCAACGGGAACAGCGGCAACAGCGGCCUAUAGCUAAGUGGGUUGCCCUAGGCCAACUCUCACUCAUGCACAUAACCAAAUAAUCAUUACACAUACAAUUAGUUUAAACAUUUGAAAAUGCAAUGCGAAACUUCAUCGAUUACACAACCCAAGUUGUAUUGGCUUCGUGUACUCGUAUUACGUGUUGCACGGCCAUCUGUCCGGUUAAUUUAAACAUUCUGUAAGAAGGAUGAACCGAAAGCCGUAAAGUAUGCGAUACUUUUCACACAUAUUUACUCAGCGGCCACCCUGUGCAAGGCUAUCUUUUAGAUACUAUACAUUACAGUUAAAUUAAAGAUCAACUAAAAUAGUUAUCUUUUGAUUUACGUAAUUUUUUUUUAUAUAUUCGUGAUCUGUUUGUGUCCUAGAAUAUAUUUAUUAGUUUCCUAUUUGUUUGUAAAAUUUGAUGCUAAUUUUUAAAAAAUAUUUAUUAAUUUUUUUUCGGUAUUUUUCUACAAAUAAAUCACAACUUUG